AUGGGAGCCGUUGUCUCUUGUAUCACAGGCAUGUUCCGCGCCAUCGGUGCAGGUCUCAUGGCCGUCGUAAACGGAAUCGGAGCAAUCCUCACCGGAAUCAUUCACGCCAUCGUCGCCUUCUUCGAUGUAAUCAUCUCCUGCUUGACAUGCGGUAGGGGCGGUGUGUCUCUCUAUCGUUACAAUACCCUUUAUGGAGAGAUAGCGGAGGAAGUUGGAGAAGCGGAUGCGAGAUGCGAGUUUGCGAGUCUGCUUCCUGAUGCUUGA